CCGCGGCGGGGACACCCUAUAACCGCAGCGCAAAAAGCGCAGCGCGCUCCGUCUGCGCGCACUGCUCACCACCGCAGCGGCUCUCAGCGCGCGUGCCAAGACAAACGGAAAGUGGCUAUUUAUUCUAGGACUAAGAGAAAACGAGAGAGAGAGAGGGAGAGAGAGAGAGCGCGCGCUGCAGAGACCCGAGACGAGCACCGUGGCGCUACCUCUACCGGUCUAAAGGCGUUGCGCCCAAAAACGCCGGACAUUUCUGUCCGGGAUGAACAGCACAUGAUGCCCUCCUAGGCACGACCCCAGUCCCCCUCAGUGACCCGGCGUGGGGACAGAAGCCACGACCAGGGGGAGGACUAUUUGAAGUACCCACGAGCGCUCGUGUGAUGAGGCUCUCCACGCGGGUGCCGCUCCUUACCGGCUGCAUCCUGCUGCUCGCCUCGGCGUGUGCGUGCUGCGGCCCGGGCAGAGGCUACGGCAAGAGGCGGCCGCCCCGGAAGCUCACGCCCUUGGCCUACAAACAGUUCAGCCCCAACGUAGCCGAGAAAACCUUGGGAGCGAGCGGGAGGUACGAGGGCAAGAUCACGCGCAGUUCGGAGCGCUUUAAAGAGCUGACGGCGAACUAUAACCCAGACAUCAUCUUUAAGGAUGAGGAGAACACAGGUGCGGACCGGAUGAUGACGCAGCGCUGUAAAGAUAAGCUGAACUCUCUGGCGAUCUCAGUGAUGAACUUAUGGCCAGGUGUGCGUCUGCGUGUGACGGAGGGCUGGGAUGAGGAUGGCCAUCACUCCGAAGAGUCUCUGCACUAUGAGGGCAGAGCAGUGGACAUCACUACUUCAGACCGCGACCGUAAUAAAUAUGCCAUGUUGGCCCGUCUGGCUGUAGAGGCCGGCUUCGAUUGGGUUUACUAUGAGUCCAAAGGCCACAUCCACUGCAGUGUCAAGUCAGAACACUCCCUGGCAGCUAAGACGGGGGGUUGCUUUCCAGGAAGGGCAUGGGUGACACUGGAAAAGGGGGGUCGGAAGUCAAUGCGUGACCUGCAGGCUGGUGAUCGUGUCCUGGCAUCUACAGAGAGGGGCAAUCUCAUCUAUAGUGAGGUCCUUGCCUUCCUGGACCGUGACCCAGCGAUCAAGAAGCACUUCUAUGUGAUCAGUACACACAAUGGAGCCACUCUCUCCAUGACUGCAGCACAUUUGCUCUUUGUUUGGGAUGGAAACUGCACUGGUGGGGCCCUGCCAGCAGAAGGGGCUAUGCAAACAAUAUUUGCCAGCGAUGCACACCCAGGGCAGUGUUUGCUGACUCUAGAGGAAGGGGCUGAGGGACAUCUAAAUGGCCAGCUUUCGCGCAUCACCCGACUGCGUGUGUGGGAGGAUCGUGGUGCAUACGCCCCACUCACUGCCCAGGGAAGCCUGCUGGUCAAUGGGGCAAUGACUUCAUGCUAUGCUGCAGUAGAAAAACAUCAGCUUGCUCACUGGGCUUUUGGCCCACUCCGCAUGCUUUACAGCUGGACCGGGCCGAAUCGAGUCCAGGGAGAGGGACUACACUGGUAUGCUCAUGCCUUGCGCUGGGUGGGAAAACUGCUGCUGGACUCUGAACUCUUUCACCCCUGGGCCAUGGAGAGUACCGAUAGAUAAUUGGAUUGGUGAUGUGUAGGCUGUGUUUGGGACACAGGCAGAUGUGAUGAAUGUGGUGCCUCGUGGUCCCAUAUAGAGACAACUUCACCGCCAAACAAGCCAUUGAAGCUUACAUCCGGG